AUGACGAAGCGCCACCGACCGCAGAUGCUCGAUGCUCGAUGCUCCAAGCUCCGUGCUCCGUGGUCCACGGGGGGAAGGGGGGUGGAAAAUGCGAGGGGCUGCGAAAAUGGUGGGGGGUGGCUGAUGAUGGAGGAUGCUGAACAAAUUUGGCUUGGCAUGCCCAAAAGAAUUCUAAAGCGUAAAAUAACAAAGACUCAACGGCGGGCAACCAAAGGCAUAGGCGAAGAAGAAGGUGGAGAUGGAGAAGGGGAUGAGAAGGAGAAGGAGAAGGAGGGGCAACAGGAGCAAGGAUACGAGGAAAGGGGAGCGAAGAAAAAGAAAGAUGUAACAGACCAGACAGCCAGGAGUCGUCUGAGUUAUGUGGUGGCAGGGACGACCUGCCUGGGGCACGUGGGUGCCGAGGCCGAGGCCAGGAAGGGACACUCACCCGGACCCGGAUCCGGAUUCGGAUUCGGAUUCGGAUCCGGACUCGGGCCUCCGGCUAGGUUGAGCCCAUUCCAUUGGAGGCGGGGCAGCGGCGGCAGCAGCAUGGCAGCCCAGCCAUUGAGCACCACGGCGGCAACAUCUGCGGCAGCAACGGCAGGAGCAGCAACGGCGGCGACCGGAGCGACCGGAGCGACAUCCGCUUCCACAUCGACGGCAGCCACUUCCACGUCCGCAUCCACGGGAGCCACGUGGAUGCACCACCUGGUGGAUGGCUCCGGCCUCGCGAACGGCAGCGAAGCCCCGGCGGGCGUUGACGGCCCCACGAUGCCGGCCGGGUACUUGCCGCUCUACGAGGAUGUGGAGGCGGCGGCGGAGGACGCCGGCUACGCGCUGAUCGACGACAUCAGCGAGUGGCUGUUGGACGGGGGUGGUGGUGGUGGCGGUGGGCCAGGGGGCGCGGCGGAGAACAGCACGACCUUGGCUGUCACGGACGUUGCGGCCAACGAAACGCUGGGCUGGCUGGAAGUGCUGAACAGCACGCUGCCCAGCAGGAGCAACGCCAGUGCGGACGAGCAGCCCGCGUCGGUGGUGGGAGAGCGGGGGCGGUACGCGCUGCGCAACUUCGUGGAGCAGCAGCUGGGCGGGGGAGUGGGGGCGGGAGCGGCCGUUGGCGGCGGCGGCGAUGCUGGCAUCGCCCUGAUCGACAGCGGCGAGGAGGCGGCGCUGGACAACGUGGCGGAUGCGGAGACGGACUACGGACUCUUGGGCGGCUUCGGCGACGCGGAGCUGCUGCAGCGGACCGCGACGGCGGCGCGGGAGACGCUCGGCAACCGCACGGCGCCCGCCACCGGCAGCUUCGAUGGCGGCGGCUCCGGGGAGGUGGGCGUGGCGGGCGUGGCAGGCGUGGCCGGCGGACUGGGGACGGCCGGGGGCGCAGGAGGAGGAGCGGGCGGAUCAGGGGGCAGCACCUUCAUGCUGCUGCUCGAAAACUUCAAUGAUUAUUUCCCCAACUACAAUGGGAGCACGGUUUCGGGGACGACCACCAUUGCGCCGGGCGUGGCGGCCACGGCCAGUCGGAGCGGCGGCCUGCUGCUCGAGCAGAACCUGACGGGCCUGUUCCUCGACGGCUACCGGAUCAACUGCACCAACGAGACGCUCAACCUGACCGACCCCUGCGUCGAGCUGAGAGUGGUGGACCACAACUACUGGGCGCUCAUCCUGAUUCUGUUCCCCAUCCUGACCCUCUUCGGCAACAUCCUGGUCAUCCUGUCCGUGUGCCGCGAGCGCUCGCUGCAGACAGUCACGAAUUAUUUUAUAGUCUCGUUGGCCAUCGCCGAUCUCCUGGUCGCCGUAGUCGUGAUGCCAUUUGCUGUCUAUUUUCUGGUAAAUGGAGUCUGGGCCCUGCCUGAUGUCGUUUGUGAUUUCUAUAUAGCCAUGGAUGUGAUAUGCUCUACUUCAUCGAUAUUCAACCUAGUUGCCAUCUCCAUAGACAGAUACAUCGCUGUGACACAGCCAAUAAAGUACGCCAAGCACAAAAAUAGCCGCCGCGUUUGCCUUACGAUACUGCUGGUGUGGGCCAUAUCGGCUGCCAUCGGCUCGCCGAUAGUUCUGGGCCUCAACAACACGCCCAACCGCGAGCCGGAUGUGUGCGCCUUCUACAACGCCGACUUCAUACUCUACUCCUCGCUGAGCAGCUUCUACAUACCCUGCAUCAUCAUGGUGUUUCUCUACUGGAACAUUUUCAAGGCCCUCAGAAGUCGGGCGCGAAAGCAGCGGGCGGCCCGCAAGCCACACCUCUCGGAACUCACGGGCGGCAGCGUCAUCGAGAACAUCGCCCAGACCCGUCGCCUGGCGGAGACGGCCCUGGACAGCAGUCGCCACGCCAGCAGGAUUGUGCCGGACGAGGCGGCCACCAACACGGCCAGCGGCUCCAACGAGGAGGAGGACGAGAACGCCAUCUCGCCGGACAUCGACGACUGCCACGUCAUCGUGAACGACAAGUCCACCGAGUUCAUGCUGGCCACCGUCGUCGAGGAGACGGGCAACAGCGUUGUGGCCCAGAUCACCACUCAGCCGCAGCUGGUCGUCGCCGAUCCGAAUGGUAAUCAUGAUUCUGGUUAUGCAGCCUCAAACGUUGACGAUGUCCUUGCAGGCGUGGGCGUUGGCUCCAACGCGCCCGCCUCCGCCUCCGCCGCCACAUCCGCAGCUCCACGGAGCAGCGGCUCGCCGCCGGACAGUCCGCUGCCCAGUGGCGCCACCCUCCAGCGGUCCAGCGUCAGCAGCCAGCGGCGCCCCACCGCCGACGACUCGCCGAAGCGCGGCGAGCCGGCCCUCAGCGUCGCCAUGAAGCCAUUGUCCUUUGUCCGCUACGGGGUGCAGGAGGCCAUGACAUUGGCACGCAACGACUCCACGCUAUCGACUACAUCGAAAACGUCCUCGCGCAAGGAUAAGAAGAACUCGCAGGCGUCAAGAUUCACGAUAUACAAGGUGCACAAGGCCUCGAAAAAGAAACGCGAAAAAUCGUCGGCCAAAAAGGAACGCAAGGCCACCAAAACACUGGCCAUCGUUUUGGGUGUCUUCCUCUUCUGCUGGCUGCCCUUCUUCAGCUGCAACAUCAUGGACGCCAUGUGCGCCAAGUUCAAGAAAGACUGCCGACCGGGUCUGACGGCCUACAUGAUGACCACCUGGCUGGGCUACAUCAACAGCUUCGUGAACCCGGUGAUCUACACGAUAUUCAACCCCGAGUUUCGCAAGGCCUUCAAGAAGAUCAUGCACAUGGGGUGAUUAAAAACGCUGAACAGGUCGACAGCAGCAAUCAUGCGAACAGCAAUAGCACACACUGUGGGAGUGUCCUGUUUCCGGAGGGACUCCUGUACUAUGCGGAAUGGAUUGACAGAUGGGAUUGACGGAUUGGAUUGGCGAAGUGUGCCAAAAGCAAGCCAUCGAUGCACAAGAGGUCUCAACCUGCCACUCAACGGGCAUUGGGCAUCGGGCUUUUGUUUCGUUUUGUUUCGAUUGGCGUUUGUUGGGUUCUCCAAUAGCAUUAAGGUUCAGCUACUUAUGUAAAUAGAUCUGUAUAUACCUCUACUCGGAUAGGCCUAUAUUGGAGUGGAGCGCAUUACGAGCUGUAGGCUAGGUAAAAUUUUUAACAAUUACAUUAAGCAAACCCCAAACUAGCGAUGUAAUCAACACACGACCCCACAGUAAACACGCGACUAACAUUCCAAAGUAGCCAUAAGUUGCCCCUAUGAUACGAUUCGCUUUAACAGGAUAACGUAGUUUUUGUAGGCUGCUCCCAAACCCUAUCACAUAUCACGAGCAGCAGGCUAUUCCCACUCCACCACAGCACACAGUCCCUUCCGACUCCGACUCCCAGAUGAUAACGAUUAGUUAAGAGUGUGAAAGAAAUUCAUAUCCUUAAAGGCCGACUUGCAGCUGACUUUUUGGGUUAGCUGGCGGUGAUUCAAAGUCGAUACAUGGUGUCGACGCCUAGAGUUAGUUAGUCACAGUUAUCAGUUAGCAGUUAUCAGGUAUAAGUUAUCGGCAUGAUGAGGUAGCAAGCGGGGCCUCGAGGUCAGCGCCUCCACCACAGACACUCCACAUUCGAAAGGUCCAAGUUAGUUGGCAGACAGAGCGAUGGGCCUCCAGAGCCCAGACCUCCGGAGAGGUACUCAACUUGACAGAGUGACACGCACACACACACGAACAGACACCAUAAAUCAAAUGAGCCCCACAAUUAAUACAAUAUCGAGGGGCGCUGACCCUGAUGCCAUCCCCGCUUACAGGGCACUUUCCGUUGGACUUUGAGUUCGUGUAAGUAUAGGGCCGAGAUAUAUAGGAGCAUUUAAGACACUGAGGUCGUACCUAGGCUAGUCACUUAAUCUAGAGAUCUAAGAGUGAAGUAAAUAUAUUCAUUAGCUAUGUGUAUCAGAUAGAACCAAGGGGUUAGCAGUAUGGGGAUUGGGAUUGGAAUUGGAAUUGGAACUGCCAGGAUGCGCAGCGAGGAGGGGGGAGAAUCAGGGUAUCUAGAGCAAAGGCUACCACGUUGCUAGAAGCAAUACGCGGGGCGGAAGAGCUCUGGGAAGAGCAACCAUAGCAGAUAUACUCAUUGGUGUAAGCUUACGUGUAUAGUGAAAUAUCAAAACUGAGUUUUGAAACACGGACCAAAACCUUUGGCCUGCCGCGAAGGACAGCUGGACUCGGAUUCCAGAGGCAAGGCCCCUGGAUCAGGAUCGGUUCUGUGCCAAUCGGCAGGGGUGAAGGCGGUUGGUCCCUGAUUUCAACAGCCGUCCUCUUAACUGUUUCUAUGUGACAAAUAAUUGAUAGGUAAAUACUCCUUUGUGUGUAGUAGUUUGUAAAACAAUUCCAUUUAUUAACAUAUAUGCCCUAAGCUCGGAUUUUGUGUACUUAGGCGUAAGCGGUGCCCCAGCUCACAUUUCCAUGAAACCCCGUAGGAAACUCGAGGACAAGCUCAACUGUUUUUAUACUUUCCUAAAAACUCCAAUACAUAUACGCGAGUAUCUCGGUGUGCGUGUGUUCGAGUGAGUGUGUUGGUGAGUGUUUUUUUUUUCGGCUAGACUAGAGUUUUAGUCGGUAAGGCUAGGCUAAGACUAAGGAAACAGUUCAACUUUCAGAUCAGUGCAAAAUGCUCUUAAGUUAAGUUCUUCCAAAGAAAACGCUUAUUAAUUAUAGCUAAUUGGUAAAUUUGCAACUUGAACUAACUAACUAAUUGAUACGUACACCAAAGCAAGCACACACAUUAUACUGUUGAUUUAUCGAAAUUGUACCCUGAUUUUCCAAGUCGUUGAAUUGUUAUCUGUUAUCGUUAAUUUGUGAAUGAUAUAGCAUACUCUUAAGGUCCCUCAACCAAUAAAGCACAUAUACGAGUUUGUAAAAUAACUGAAGUGGACAUGGAAACGGAAAAACUGAAAUGAAAACUAUUUUAAUGAAAUGGAAAAGUUUGUUUUUUUUUUGAGAAUUAUGAGAGUUAUUAACUAAAUGAAGCGUAGGCUAAGCUCUAAGAAAAGCAAACUAUUUCAAAAAUAAUUAUCAUAGCUUACGGAAAUAAUAAUAGCGAAUAACAACAAUAAAGUAAUGAUACCAAAUAGGAUGCGGAGCGGCCUAGACUGCGUCAGCAUAAGAAUACAUCAAAUAAAUAAAGCAAAACUGAAAAUAUUUCAAGGCAAAA